UCACCAUCCACCGCCCACUCUGAACAGGACCCCAGAGCUGUAUGGUUUGCAGCCUACCAGCUGCAGGCCCUGCCGGCCCUCCCUCUUCUCCAGGGCUGGGUUUUUCCAGCCGGAACCUCGCUCCGCUCCCUCUACAGCAAUCUCUGGAAAUCGGUGUCUGACGCGGCUGCUCCUGCCUAUUAUUUAUUUAUUUCUUCUUCUCUUCCCGCUGAGACCCUCCUGUCAGAGGAGAGCUGCAGUCCGGAAACAGAGGAAGGCAGAAGCUGCCGGGAGAGCUGGGAGCGGAGCAAAGAGAAGGGAGAAAGGGACUCCCAGACACCCUUGUCUGCUUACCCUAGAGGACCAUGAGCACUGGGCAGGAGGCCAGGAGAGAUGAGGGAGACUCCAGAAGAGGCCAGGAAGCCUCGCUUCGGGACCGAGCCCACCUGAGCCAGCAGCGCCGGCUCAAACAGGCCACCCAGUUCUUGCAUAAGGACUCGGCUGACUUGCUGCCCCUGGAUAGCCUCAAGAGGCUGGGCACUUCCAAGGACCUGCAGCCACACAGCGUGCUCCAAAGACGCCUGGUGGAGGGAAACCAGAGGCGGCUUCAGGGGGAGUUUCCCCUGGUGCAGGCACAGAUCCCCAGCCACGACAGCGGCAGGACCAGUGAGACACAGCGGCCAGCUCUUCUUGUCAACUGCAAGUGCCAGGAUCAGAUGCUUCGAGUGGCUGUGGACACAGGGACGCAGCACAACCAGAUAUCUGCUGGAUGCCUCAGGCGCCUGGGGAAGGUCCCAAAAGCCCCAGGUGGGGACCUGGCACCCGGGCCACCAAGUCAGGUGGAAGAGCUGGAGCUAGAGCUGGGACAGGGGACUGUGGCAUGCUCGGCCCAGGUGGUAGGUAAGCCCUCCAGCCUCUCACCUCUUCUGAGCAGGACAGAGGUAGAGGUUUGGGGCCCCUGUCAGCAACACACCAUCCCAAGAUGCUCAGAUUAUUACCCACCCUGCUGUUCUCAACACUGGGGGUGGACUGGGAAGGAAAGGGAUGAGUGCUCAGAGGAGGUCAUCAGUGGUCACAGAUGCGACCUAAUUUUCCAAUGGUUCCCGCAGAUGUGGACAGCCCUGAAUUUUGCCUGGGACUGCAGACUCUACUUUCCCUCAAGUGCUGCAUUGACCUGGACCGUGGAGUGCUUCGGCUGAAAGCCCCCUUCUCGGAGCUGCCCUUCCUGCCUCUGUACCAAGAGCCUGGCCAGUGACCACUGUCUCAGCCAGUCCCUAGGGCGACACUGUGCCUUAGGGGAAGAGUGGUGUGGAGUGGGACAUUACUGCAUUAGUCUCUUUUUCACCACCCUGAUCUUGCAGUUGCCACCCCGUCUCUGCUUCUCCAUAGCUGCCUUCUGUCCCAGGAGUUCCUACUCAGAGUAUCUGUGGCUUCCCUACUCUCUUAUCCCUUCCGAAGAGCAGUCAAGUUAGUUACAGAAAAGAACCUACAGCGAAUGGGCUCUAGGCUUUCUCCUGGCUGUGGGGGUCAAGGCUACCUGCUGCCUCCACCUGCCUGAAGCCCACCCCAAGCACUCCUCCACGGUCCUUACCCCUAGUCUCCUACCUCUGUGGCUUAUCCACCACAACCAGAUUCCUGGCGCCCCUGGCAGCUGCCCCUCAGAUCUUGCCCCCAUCUGAUUACCAUUGGGUGGGAGUGCUAAGCAAGUGGGGCUGUCUGUCUAGAAAGGUACAGUCCCUGAGCUGGGGGCUUUUAGUCAUUACCCUUUCUGGGUUGCAGAUGUCUGAGUGUCUUUCUGCCUGGGUUGGCUCUCAAACCAUGGUUAGGGGAAGAGAGACAAUGAUAUAUCUAACCCAAACAAGGGAGCCGGGUCUCUUAUAUGGAAACUAAAUACUAAGCCUAGGGGAGACCAAAAUGAGCUGGGACACAGCCUCACUUUCUUCACUUUCAAGAGCAGGCUGGCUUAGCAUAAGUGCCAUAGUACCUGGUCUCAAUUCUGACUUUCUCAUCACCUUGCUUCGAGACCUAUGCUCCUUCCCCAGUCUGCCUCCUGUUGAUCCUGUAGUGGCAGACCUGGCCCAGGGCAGGCCCUUAGCCUGCUUCUGCAUUUGAAUAAACAUUGUUUCUCUAAGUCA